AUGUCCGGUGGUUAUAUCCAAAGCGGUAGUACAAACCAAGGAAUGACAGUUCUAUCAAAAAAAACACAGCUUUCCAGGCUUAGGAACACUGUCGGGUUGGCCAUAUAUGUCGUUCUUGCUGCCAUUGAAGCAAUGAUGGUUGCAUUCAGUACAGGGGCUUAUGUGGUGUUAGCCCAAACAGAUCUGAUCAGAGUUGGUGCUACACUAGGCCGGAGAGAUGUAAUCAGCGGAGACAAUGAUGAGAUAAUAAUGACGAAGAGGCAUCAUGCCCAUGAAAAAGUCUUACCAGUAGACAUUAGGAAAACAACUAACAUUCAUUUAAUAGUGGCAGCACUCAUUGCUACUGUUACCUUCGCAACUUGUUUCAUUGUGCCAGGUGGCUAUAAUGGCAAUGAGGGCUCAGAUCAAGACGACAUAAAAAGGGGAAAGCUUGUCCAGCACUAUUCUGCUGCCUAUUGUCUCACUAUCAUUGCCAUGGAAGCAAUGUUAAUUGCGUUCAUUACAGGCAUGUACAUUUUAGUGCAUUCAAAAAGCCUUGCAAUUUCCUUUUGCGUCAUUGGUGAAUGGGUUGAUAAGGUCUGUAAAGCAAAGGAAGUAAUCAAAGGUCUUUGGCCUUGUGCCAAAGGGGAAUCUUCUGAUACCUCUGAGGUCCCUGGAUAG